GCCGCGGAGCAGCCAGCUCAUUGGUGGGGCGCCGCCGGCCCGUGAGGUUUCUCCCUUCUCAUUGGUCCUGCGCGUUGUCAGUCACGGGAACGCCCCGCCCUCCGGGGUGUCCCUCCCUGGCGCAGCCCCGCUCGCCGCAUUCAGUGGCGGGUUCCGAGGCCGACGGAGCUCCGGCGGAUGGCAGCUGCUGUCGCACAAUAGAGACAGGUCCUCGGCCAGCAUCGCUCGGAGGGCAGCAGGAGGAGGCGGACCGCGCUCCGGUGCAGCACCAAAGCCAUGUUCUCCCGGUUAAGGGCGGCCGCCGCUCCCUGCUCGCUGGCGCGUCGCGGCGCACACACGAAAGAAAAAGGCAAGCCGCUGAUGUUAAACCCGCGGACGAACAAGGGGAUGGCCUUCACGCUCCACGAACGGCAGAUGCUCGGCUUGCAAGGACUUCUGCCCCCUAAAAUCGAGACCCAGGACAUUCAAGCCUUACGCUUCCACAAGAAUUUGGCAAAAAUGACGGACCCCUUGGAGAAGUAUAUCUACAUAAUGGGCAUCCAAGAGAGAAACGAGAAGUUAUUCUACAGGGUUUUACAAGACGAUAUCGAGCGGUUGAUGCCAAUUGUGUACACACCAACGGUGGGCCUCGCCUGCUCCCAGUACGGACACAUCUUCAGGAGACCAAAAGGGUUGUUCAUUUCCAUCUCAGACCGAGGCCACAUCAGGUCCAUUGUGAAUAACUGGCCAGAGAACGACGUUAAGGCUGUUGUGGUCACCGACGGAGAAAGGAUCUUGGGUCUCGGAGACCUCGGGGUGUACGGGAUGGGAAUUCCAGUGGGGAAACUCUGCUUGUAUACGGCCUGUGCAGGAAUCCAUCCAGAUAAAUGCUUGCCUGUGUGCAUCGACGUUGGAACUGACAACAUGACCCUCUUAAAAGAUCCAUUUUACAUGGGCCUCUACCAAAAAAGGGAUCGCUCGCAGGUCUACGAUGACCUAAUCGAUGAAUUUAUGGAAGCCAUUACAGACAGGUACGGCCAGAACACCCUCAUCCAAUUUGAAGACUUCGGAAACCACAACGCUUUUCGGUUUUUGAGAAAAUACAGAGAGAAAUACUGUACCUUCAACGACGAUAUCCAGGGGACGGCUUCGGUGGCCUUAGCGGGCCUGCUGGCAGCACAGAAAGCCACUGGCAAACCGAUUUCAGAGCAGAAAGUGCUGUUCCUUGGAGCAGGAGAGGCCGCCCUGGGAAUCGCCAACCUCAUCGUUAUGGCCAUGAUGGAGAAUGGUGUUUCAGCAGAGGAAGCCUACAAGAGAAUAUGGAUGUUCGACAAAUACGGAUUGCUGGUUCAGGGCCGAGAACAAAAGGUAGAUUCCAACCAGGAACCGUUUACGCAUCCGGCUCCGGAGCAGAUCCCAAAGACGUUUGUGGACGCAGUGAACGUGCUCCGGCCUUCCGCUAUCAUCGGGGUGGCAGGAGCUGGGCGGCUCUUCUCUCACGACGUGAUCAAAGCGAUGGGCUCUAUCAACGAGCGGCCGAUAAUAUUUGCGCUGAGCAACCCCACGGUGAAGGCUGAGUGCACGGCAGAGGAAGCGUAUACGUUAACAGAGGGGCGUUGCUUGUUUGCCAGCGGCAGCCCGUUCGACCUGGUGACUCUGGAAGAUGGAAGAACCUUCAAACCAGGCCAAGGCAACAACGCUUACAUUUUUCCAGGCGUGGCUCUCGCUGUGAUCCUCAGCAGUGUUCGACAUAUUAGUGAUAAGGUUUUCCUAGAAGCUGCUAAGGCGCUGGCGGAACAGCUGACUGACGAGGAGCUCGCACAGGGAAGACUUUACCCUCCGCUGUCUAACAUCAGGGAAGUUUCUAUUUAUAUUGCCGUCAAGGUGAUGGAAUUUUUGUACGCCAACAACAUGGCUUUCCAUUACCCCGAGCCCGCAGACAAGAACCGUUACAUUCGAUCCAAAGUCUGGACCUACGAAUACGAAUCCUUCAUGCCCGAUGUGUAUGACUGGCCCGAGUCUAAGGUUCACUGAUGGACCGGAAGAUCGCGCUCCUCAGGCAGUACCUUCUACUCUGCAGGGAUCCCUUUUUCCGACCAAUUUAAAUCGUGCCCGUCGAGUCCUGUAAUUUAUUUUCACUUAUUUUGAUGUCUCUUUGCCCUUGACAUAGGUUGCUCCCCGCUCCCCCAGGCAUCUGCUGAGAACUGUUUGGAUGAGGGCAUCCAUUGCAGGAUGGAGAGAGCUCUUCAAAAUUACUCCUUAAAAUGAAACGGCAUUUCUUUGAGCCCUCACCACGCUAAAUAAUUCGAUGAGCAACGUUUUAGCUGCACGUGCGUGAUGCUCUCUCGUCGCUGCUGAUUUCCGGAACGAUUUAUUUCUGCUUUUCAUAAUCAGUCUUCUCAUUGGCAGCAUUAUUUGUGCCGACACCAGAGAGAAUCCCUUCAAAAACAAAAGGGGGGGGUGGGGGUAGCUUAAGACAAAUUUAAGUCUGAUGGGCUUAAGUCUGAUACUCAAAGAUGCCCGUGUCCAGACUUCCUUGUUGCCGCUCUCUUUGUGCUUUGAGGAGCAGCGCGGUGUCCACGCGCGGGAUCUGCAGCAACGUUGCAUUUUGUCUUCCCAGCGUCCCGUGAAAUCUCGUAGGAGGAAAAACGCGAGCUCGAUAAAAUUAUCCCAGGAAAGCCUGACAAUGCAUUAAUCACUAGCUUUUAAAAAGCAAAGCUGUGCUGUUACCUACUCGAUUAUAUCACGUAAAGGCAGAAUCCGAAGUGAUCUACAGAAAUCUUGGGAGAUUUUGCAGGCAGAUUCUUGCAGUUGACUCCAAGGUGACGGAGCGGUGGCUUUUUUCUUUCCAAGUUCUGUUCCUCCCAGCUGCAUCGUUUCUCCCUCGCGUAGCCUCGCUUUCCCAGAAGGACUCGUGUAUGAUGUUUUUUACGGCGUUCCUGACUCAAACGCUCCCGAGCGGGACUCGCUCGCCGCGUUGAACAACCCACCCUCCGCCCCAGAGCUGAGGAAGCCAACCCCGAAGGCGUAAUCCUUACUUAAAUAAAGUCUCCGCAGAAGUGUGCAAAAUAGACCCAAAAUACAGCAGGGAAAAUAGUCUCUGUACCUCCUUAGACGUCAUCGCUGUCGUUCCCUGCCCAGUCUCCGCUUUUAAAAUGAAGUCGAUGUGUUCGAGAAGGAGCAGUCGGCUUUUAGAAGGCUUUGUCGAGGUGAGGAAAGAAGACUGAUUAUAGAAACGCAGAAAACGGGUGAUGGUGGGGGAAAGGCCGCACCUUCAACCUGUGGUAAAAUGCUGCCUGGUGGGGCUCGAAGUGCUGCACUGCCGAGCUGUGCGACUUCACAUGGUCUGCAGCUUGUAUAUGUGAGCAGAUACACACAAAAAAAAGACCAACACCUACACGGGAUGUUUUUACAAAGAACGCUCUUUUUUUUUUUCAUCUAUUUUUGCUAGGCCUGUUUUUAGUGUAUUUAAAUUGGUGAUCUCACGGAAAGA